CUAGAGACUCUUGGCUGAGACUCGGUGCACUGAGCAAGGGAAUCCGGGUCCUCAAACGCAUAACCCAACCUUUCAACCUGUCUGGAUUGCUGGGUUCACGUGUGAAAUCUCCUUUCUGGCACCUAUGGCCCUGAGUGUCAAUGACAAAUCUGGAGGUAUAAAUAGCUGUGGAAGGAAAAGCCUUUAUCCUAUUGCCCAGUGCAGGACCAGUAAGCAACCAUGAAGACCUUCCUCUUCCUGGUUCUCAUUGGAGCUACUGCUGCUAUCCCCACUAAUGAGACUUAUGACAUUACUUAUGAGAAUGAUGAACCCACUAAUGAGAAAGAUGAGCCCACUACUGAGAGCGAUGACACGAUUAUUGGAAGCUACACAUGUAAGAAAAACUCAGUCCCCUACCAGGUAUCCCUGAACGCUGGCUACCACUUGUGUGGGGGCUCUCUUGUCAGUGACCAGUGGGUUCUGACUGCCGCUCACUGCUAUAAGCCCCAAAUACAGGUUCGUCUGGGAGAAUUCAACAUUAACGAAAUUGAGGGUGGUGAACAAAUUAUUAACGCAGGCAAGAUCAUCCCCCACCCCACGUACAACAACGAUACCACUGACAACGACAUCAUGCUGAUUAAACUGAACUCACCAGCCGCCAUCAACUCGUACGUGUCUACUGUCUCUCUGCCAAGCUCCUGUCCAUCUAUUGGUACCGAGUGCCUUGUGUCAGGCUGGGGUGACACAGUGAGCAUUGGAAACAGCUUGUCUUCAGAUCUUCACUGUCUGAAUGCCUCCAUCCUGUCGGACCCCGUUUGCCACACCGCCUACCCACACCACAUCACAAGGAACAUGUUCUGUGUCGGCUUCCUAGACGAGGAAAAAGAUACUUGCCAGUAUGAUUCUGGCGGCCCUGUGGUCUGCAAUGAAGAACUGCAAGGUGUUGUCUCCUGGGGUGGCAGCUGCGGUGAGAAAGGGAAACCUGGGGUAUACACCAGAGUGUGCAACUACCUGGACUGGAUUCAACGGACCAUUGAGGCCAACUAAGUAUCCCUCCUGAGCCACCCUCUCAUAGUCAACUUCACUUUCCUACUGUGCCUGAGAUGGGUAUGGAAAUAAAGACAUUAUAUUUUUCUAUA